AUGUUCAAUUCCACACUUCCUGCCGGCAGGAUCUUGCACGUCUCUUUGCGAAAUGCUCUUCACUCUGUGCGUUAUCACAGCACUGGAGGACCGGGACUGGUCUCAGCACAAAAAUUCUGUGCCGAUUUAGUGAGGUUUGUACCAAUGUCGAAGAACGACUAUGAAAAUUACUUGUGUAUACCAUUUUAUCCUAAACAAGUACAGAACGCUCAAUACGCCAUCCGAGCAUUUAAUGUCGAGUUGGCGUCCAUACGAGAGAGUGUAUCGAACGCAAUGAUUGGCAAAAUGCGAACUCAAUUUUGGAAAGAUACCAUAGACAAGACGUUUGCUAAAAAACCGCCGCAACAGCCUAUUGCAUUGGCAUUGUCAGACGCAUUGCAGCAUGCAUCCCUAUCUCCCAUGUGGUUCAAGCGCAUCAUUAAUGAAAGGGAGGAAAAUCUGGAAGAUCCUCAAUUUAUGACCAUCAAAGAUAUGGAAAAGUAUGCAGAAAAUACGGCUUCCUGUUUACUAUAUCUUCAACUUGAAUCUUUGAACGUCCGGGAUGUCAAUGCUGAUCAUAUUGUCAGUCAUAUCGGAAAGAUGAUUGGCAUAACCACAUUACUUCGAUCCAUCCCAUUCCAUGCUAGUCAGAAGCGACUGGUUCUACCCGCCCAGAUUACAGCCAAUCAUAACAUUGUACAAGAAGACGUUUUUCGUCAGGGGCACGCCGAAGGAUUAGAAGACGCUGUGUUUGACGUUGCCACGGCAGCACAUGAUCACCUCCUGACAGCUCGAUCCAUGCUCAAAUCGGUGCCUCCAGCUGCCAUGCCUGUCAUUCUAUCAGCGGUCCCAUGUGCGCAAUACCUUGCAAAAUUAGAGCAACAUAAUUUUAAUGCCUUUGAACCCAAGCUUCAAGUAAGGAACUGGAAGCUUCCAUUAGAUAUCUGGAGUGCAUACAGAAACCACACAAUAUGAUAUGUUCAUGAUAAUAGUAAAAGGCAUUUUGUGAUAAGCUUAUCUCGCGGGCAGCCCAAGCAAAGAUCACAAAAAAAAAAGAUACAGCUUUAUUUGUGCUACUGUUGAAUGCAGAUCUGAUGGCUUGCCUGGUGUUACAUGGCAUUGACAGAAGGAAUUGAGCUGGACAUGAUUGGGUAGAAUUGCACCAUACAGAACGUGCUUUGGGAACAAAACGAAACAUCGCUCAUUCUUAACUAGUACUUGAAACUCCGGUUAAUAAACCGUAUUGGAAAC